AUGAUUCGGUCGAAAAAUGCACACGAGAAAGCCGUUGUGAUUUUUGUCGGGUCGGCGAAGUACUCGGCACCGGGCGGUUGGCAGACGGGCGCAUUGACGUUGUACGUGGCAGGGGCCGGAGUCGGCGGAGGGGUCCUCGCUGCCCUCGUUUUCUUCAUCUGCUGCAAGUACUGUUCCUGUGCCGUCAGGGCGAGGCGACGACAGCAUCAGCUCAAGAGCCAAGAGAGCCGAGAGUUGAGCCUCAUGUGCCGGCAGUAUGGCAUGAACAAGGACGAUGACUCGGGUGGGAGUGUGAGCGUGACAGUCAGCUUGGGAGGAUCCGAACCCAGAUAUGGACCGGGCUUCCAUCAUCUUCCCGGGAUUCCCGAAGCGAAAGGUGGGGAGGAGAGUGACAGGUCAACCGGAGACAUCCCUGUUCUCCCUUCCUCUCCCACCAGACUGGGUCAGAGAGGAAUGGCAUUUAGUCCGGGCGAAGAUUCCAUCCCAGCCAUCGAUGCCGACCAGGAAUCUCCUUCCGGUUUUGAUGCCUCAUCAGCCGUGAUCCAUUCUCCUCCUCAUCGACCGGGAUCAAAUCCUUUCAUUCGUCAAUUCAGUGUGACACAGAAAGACUCUCGCAUGGAGUGCGUGGAGGUGGACGUGUGGAAGGCUCCGCGCCUACAGAAGCGAAGUGCAAGCCUGGAUUCCGGAUCUGGGGACUUAGAGGAAGGGAUGGAAGAGAACGGUCGGAGGCUCUUCCGUGAAUUAGACCGGAUCCUCAUGGAAAGUGACCAUGAAGAACCCCCUUCGAAAGUUCGAUACAAUGACAUUGGAAGCCUUGAAGACACACCCUCACUUAACAGUCGUCGAUUAAAUGCCAGCAUUGAUGCCUCUUCUCAGGUCAAUUACGAUAGCCUUCUGGAUUUGUCAUUUGAAGAAUGCAGUCAGUCGACGACCAUGGAAGAAAAGAAGAGAAGACCUGGCGACAUUGACAUCAAGAGACGAGGAAGUAUUGCCAAUGCUUUUAUCUACGAGGACCAACAUAAAACUUUUACUAUCCUCCUGCAACCCAACUCUUCUGAAACUUGA